UAAACACACGACACCCACUAACCUAUGCUCACUACCACUAUAGAUUAAUAACAAUAUUCCUGAUUAAAUUCAAAAUUUUUUAUUUCUGGCUUUUCCAGGUCACCAAAAUUUAAAAUGAAGAGAAUUAAAUUAUUAUGAAGGUGCAAAAAAAUUGGGAGGAAGAUAAUGCUUGUGCUACAAAAAUUUUGUCAUUAAAGGACGAAUUCCCCCUUGAAAUUGUGAAUUACUGAUGGUAGUUCUUACAAAUUGUGGACAGUACGUUUUAAGAAGUGGUGUUGCCUUUAUAUUUGGUCAAAAUAGAAGUGGGGUGCAAGUUUAGUUCAGAUGAAGAAACUCCUUUGUCAGGCAAAGGAUGUUCAGCUCCAAAUAAACAUGCUCGAGCCCCCUGUCGCAAAGUUGGGGUUGCUGGAAUUAGCUCAUCGUGCGUAUCAAACUGGAGAUUACGAAAAUGCUGAGCUACAUUGUAUGGAAUUAUGGCGACAAGAGCCGACAAAUACGUCCAUGCUUCUCCUUUUAUCUUCCAUUCAUUUCCAGUGCCGUCGAUUAGACAAGUCUGCAUCCUACAGUAAUAUGGCAAUAAAGCAGAAUCCACAUUUGGCGGAAGCCUAUUCAAAUCUUGGGAGCGUUUACAGGGAGAAGGGCCAAUUACAAGAAGCCCUAGAAAAUUAUCGACACGCCAUCAGACUAAAACCAGAGUUUAUUGAUGGCUGCGUAAAUCUUGCUGGCACUUUGAUCGCUGUAGGAGAAAUGGAUCAAGCUAUCAAAAUAUAUGUCACUACGUUGAAGUACAAUCCAGAGCUAUACUGUGUGCGUAGUGAUCUAGGAAACUUGCUCAAAGAGAUUUGCUCAAAUUUUCUUGGAAAGGUGCAAGACGGAAAAGUGAAGAAACCCCCAAAAAAUGAAAAAGACGUCCUUCCACAGACUGAGAAUAAUACAGUAACAGAAUCUCUGCCAGGGUUAGAAAUUGGUAGCAAAUCACUUGCUACCAUUGUAGAAAGCGAAACAGAGGUACAAUUUGACGGGGAUGAAGAAGAAAAGUCUUCUCUGACAGAGGAUGAAAAUAUUUGCACCGACUGCGACAAGCAUUUCAUCACCAUAUCAAAGUUGGAAGCUCAUAUCAAAGCUAUGCAUUCAUCCCCUGCAGUUCCCUGUGAGAAGCCGAGUUCUCGAAAAAAACGUGCCUGUGUCCAAAGAAAUUUGGCUAAAAAGCAAAAGAGAAAUGAACCUGUAAUAAAGUUGGAUGUGUUAAAGACUGAGAAAUAUUUUGACGAGUCUUUCCAAGAUAUUGAAAUCGAAAAGGAAGCCACUGCUAUUCCAAGUGAUGCAGAAUUGGAGUUUGAUGAUGAAGACGAAUAUAUCUUAGGAGAUGAGAAUCUUUGUCCAAGCUGUGAUAAGCUAUUUGCUACUAGAUCCAAAUUGGAAGCACACGUGAAGAAAUUACAUCCUGAUUUGGCAAUGGAGCUUGCAUCAAUUGAGAAUAAAGGUGGAAAUAAGAAGAAAAGGUCGCCCACGGGUCAGCGGAAACAGGAAGUUCUCAAGUGUGCCGUUUGUGAUCGAAUAUUCAAUCAUCGCAACUCCAUGGUUUAUCAUAUGAGAAGUCACACUGGCGAACGUCCUCACCAAUGUGAGCAAUGUGGAAAAAGUUUUUUCGCUACUUCCGCUUUAAAGGUGCACAUGAGACUUCACUCUGGAGAAAAACCAUAUAAAUGUGAGCACUGUGGUCGAAGUUUCCGGCAAUGGGGUGAUCUCAAAUACCAUGUUAUCUCAAUUCACUCAGACAUAAGACAAUAUCAAUGUGAAUUUUGCGGAAAAGACUUUGCUCGCAAGUACAGUUUGAUCGUCCAUCGAAGAAUUCACACUGGAGAAAGGAAUUACCAAUGCGAUUUUUGCGAUAAGACAUUUCGAGCUGCCAGUUAUCUCCAGAAUCACAGAAGAAUUCAUACGGGAGAGAAACCACAUUCUUGUAAUAUCUGUGGAAAGCCAUUUCGAGUUCGAUCGGACAUGAAACGCCACAUGUCUUCUCACAAUCGUGAAAAUUCAAAUCUUCCAGCUACAUCCUCUUCUACAAACAAUUCUACGUCAUCAAAUAAUACUACGACUACUACUGCGACCACUACCGUGUCCGUUGCUACAACAUCGAGAUCGUCCAUUCCUGCAGGAUCUACUAUAGUUGCUGUCGGAACAAAUUCUCCAAGUGGCCAGAUCAUAAACUCGACCCCAAUUACUCAACAUCUAGCCAUAAGUGGGGUUGAUGCGAGUUCUUCUGGAACAAUCCGUACUGUUGGCCCUUCGCAAACACAAAUUAUUCAAUACGAAGUCCAGCAGUCCAAUGACGAACUGAUUAAUUCAGAUCUCGGUGAUGCAACUCCAAUCAAUAUAACUUUGAGCCAAGGUGGUUCUUCGGCUGAUCUCAGCGUGGCUGCGGUAGCGACUCUCCAGGAUUUACCGGAAGGUGUAAUUUAUCAAAAUCGAGACGGACAGAUGGAAACGGUAACCUUACGGGAGAGUUCAACAGGAACGUUGUACGUCUGGCCCGUAUUUAUGAAUUAAAGACAAAAUCUUAUCAAGUAAAGAAUGUUUGAAACAACUUCUACCAAGUUACAGUUAUUAAUGUUAAAUAAUUUUGAGAUCUUGUUAACUUUAUUGCUAAAUACAUAUAAUGCCUUCACAUCAACUGUAUUUUACCAUUUUCUAUAAAUUCACUAUUGUAGAAUUAAAUUCAAAUUAUAUUAAGCUAUUGGCUGUCCGUAAACGUUACACAAUAUAAUGUACACAUUUAGUAAUUCGAGGUAGGCGUAACGUUUUACGCAAUUUACGGACAGUCCACAAACUGACAUAAUAAUGACUUCUUCCAACUUUAUACACAAAUUUAUAUUUUAAUAUGUACGAUUAGCAUACCAUUUCAAAUGUGAUAUGGGUAAUUGUUAUCUAAAAAACGAAUAUACCAAACGCAUUCAAAUGAAAAAUUAAA